AUGAUGGACAACCGAGAUGAGAGUCGGAAUACUGUCACGGCCAGCAGUACGGCAGGCAAUGCUAAUGCUCUUUCCAUAUUCAUGAAGGACUUGCAGAUUUCGCCAUCCUUUAGGAUUGUGAUGGACAAUCCCAGAACCCGAAGCUCUCCGCAAAUGCUCUUUUCCAAAUCCAAAUCAGAAGGCAAGGGAAGUACGAGAUGGCACGCGACGACAGAUAAGGUGGAUAUUACCAGCAUGGUCAGCCUCAGCAGUGGCAGUAGUAUUAGCAAGACUAGUACUAGUAGCAACUCGAGCAACCCUUCUGGUAGUGGCAAGAACAAGAAGCUGCGGAGAAAGCUAAAGAGUUCUGUUAAAAACAAGAGUAACAACUUUGAAGACGAAGAAGAACCCUCCAGAGCACCUCCUCGGUCCUCUUCCUUUGAUGCAAGUUCCAUCGCCUGUCAACGACGAAAUAACCCACUCAAUCGGAGUUAUUCGGAUCACUUGACUCCCACCAAACAUAAUAAUACUCCUCACGCCCCCACAUUGCCCAAACGCCGAUUGUCCCGCGAUUUGGACAAGGCUCCCCAAAUGGUCGUCCGAAAAGUAGGAGCAGCCCCCAAUGUGAGCACGGCCAAUGCUCGGAUUCCAAGGCGACGCAAUACUUCUCGAAGUCCCACAAGGCAUGAUGCUACUAAUACUAAUAGUAGUAGCAGCAGCAGCAGGAGUCCCUCCCGAACCACCAAGGACUUGUUGUUGGAUCAAGUGAUUGUGAGUUAG